CGCGAGCCCGCCGCUUCCUGGUUGCGGGUCGGAGGGCAGGGCCGGCGUCGCCGCUGAGAUGUUGCCCUACACCGUGAACUUCAAGGUGUCCGCGCGCACCAUCACGGGGGCCCUCAGUGCCCACAACAAGACGGCGGUGGACUGGGGCUGGCAAGGUUUAAUUGCAUAUGGAUGUCAUUCCCUUGUGGUAGUCAUUGAUUCCAAUACUGCCCAAACUCUUCAAGUUUUAGAAAAACAUAAAGCCGAUGUUGUCAAGGUUAAAUGGGCCAGGGAGAACUACCACCAUAACAUUGGCUCCCCAUAUUGCCUGCGCUUAGCUUCUGCUGAUGUCGCUGGGAAGAUCAUCGUGUGGGACGUAGCCGCGGGAGUGGCGCAGUGUGAGAUCCAGGAGCACGCCAAGCCUAUUCAGGAUGUGCAGUGGCUGUGGAAUCAAGAUGCUUCCCGGGACUUACUGCUUGCCGUCCACCCACCGAACUACAUUGUGCUCUGGAAUGCAGACACUGGCACCAAGCUCUGGAAGAAGAGCUAUGCAGAUAACAUUCUUUCUUUCUCUUUUGACCCUUUUGAUCCUUCACAUUUAACUUUGCUUACCAGCGAGGGUAUUGUGUUCAUCUCAGACUUCUCUCCAUCCAAGCCUCCCUCAGGCCCAGGGAAAAAGGUUUACAUUUCCAGCCCACACUCCAGCCCAGCUCAUAAUAAGUUGGCUGCAGCCACAGGUGCCAAGAAGGCUCUUAAUAAAGUAAAGAUUUUAAUCACACAGGAGAAACCUAGUGCAGAAUUCAUAACACUCAAUGAUUGCCUUCAAUUGGCAUAUCUGCCUUCGAAAAGGAAUCACAUGUUGUUACUCUAUCCUCGAGAGAUUUUAAUCCUUGACCUUGAGGUGAAUCAAACAGUGGGUGUGAUUGCAAUAGAACGAACAGGAGUUCCAUUUCUGCAGGUAAUACCCUGCUUUCAGCGUGAUGGUUUAUUUUGUCUACAUGAAAAUGGUUGUAUAACUUUACGUGUUCGAAGAUCUUACAAUAGCAUUUUCACCUCUUCAAAUGAGGAACCAGAUCCAGAUCCUGUUCAGGAGCUUACUUACGAUUUACGAAGCCAGUGUGAUGCAAUCAGGGUGACCAAAACGGUCCGUCCCUUCAGCAUGGUGUGCUGCCCUGUCAAUGAGAAUGCAGCAGCCCUCAUAGUGAGUGAUGGCAGGGUCAUGAUAUGGGAACUCAAGUCUGCGGUUUGUAAUAGAAAUUCACGGAGCAGUAGCUCUGGUGCGUCCCCUCUGUAUUCACCAGUGUCUUUCUGUGGAAUCCCUGUAGGAGUGCUACAGAACAAGCUCCCAGACCUGUCCUUAGAUAACAUGAUUGGGCAAAGUGCAAUUGCUGGGGAAGAGCAUCCCAAAGGCUCCGUACUACAGGAAGUGCACCUCAAAUUCCUGCUCACAGGGCUGCUUUCAGGGCUGCCCUCCCCACAGUUCGCUAUCCGGAUGUGCCCACCACUGACCACCAAAAACAUCAAGAUGUAUCAGCCGCUGCUUGCUGUUGGUACAAGUAAUGGUUCCGUCCUGGUGUACCACCUGACCAGUGGGCUGUUGCACAAGGAGUUAAGUGUGCAUUCCUGUGAAGUCAAGGGUAUUGAAUGGACAAGUUUGACUGGUUUUCUUUCUUUUGCUACCUCAACACCGAACAAUAUGGGAUUAGUGAGAAAUGAACUUCAACUGGUUGAUCUUCCAACAGGCAGGAGCAUUGCUUUUCGUGGUGAACGAGGCAAUGAUGAGUCGCCCAUGGAAAUGAUCAAAGUAUCACAUCUGAAGCAGUAUUUGGCAGUUGUGUUCAAAGAUAAGCCGCUGGAGUUAUGGGAUGUUAGGACUUGCACCCUUCUUAGAGAAAUGUCCAAAAACUUCCCUGCAAUAACUGCUUUGGAGUGGUCCCCAUCUCACAACCUGAAGAGCCUGAGGAAGAAACAACUUGCCACCCGAGAGGCCAUGGCCCGCCAGACUGUCGUCUCCGACGCAGAGCUGAGCAUCGUUGAGUCGUCUGUGAUCAGCUUGUUGCAGGAGGCAGAAAGUAAAUCUGAACUCACUCAGAACAUCUCUGCCCGGGAGCAUUUUGUGUUUACCGAUAACGAUGGCCAAGUUUAUCAUCUCACUGUUGAAGGAAACUCCGUAAAAGACAGUGCUCGUAUUCCACCAGAUGGAAGCAUGGGGAGCAUCACCUGCAUUGCUUGGAAAGGCGACACACUGGUUCUUGGAGACAUGGAUGGAAAUUUAAACUUCUGGGAUUUGAAAGGCAGAGUCUCCAGAGGGAUACCUACACAUCGAAGUUGGGUGAGGAAGAUUCGUUUUGCCCCUGGCAAAGGAAAUCAGAAGUUAAUAGCAAUGUACAAUGAUGGUGCUGAAGUGUGGGAUACUAAAGAGGUUCAAAUGGUGAGCAGUUUAAGAAGUGGAAGAAACGUGACCUUCCGCAUAUUGGACGUGGACUGGUGCACGUCGGAUAAGGUGAUCUUGGCGUCAGAUGACGGGUGCAUCCGAGUCCUGGAGAUGUCCAUGAAGUCCACGUGUUUCAGAAUAGAUGAGCAGGAGCUCAGCGAGCCUGUGUGGUGUCCAUAUCUGCUCGUCCCCAGGGCCUCCCUUGCCUUGAAAGCCUUCCUGCUACACCAGCCUUGGGAUGGACGGUAUUCUUUGGACAUUUCUCACGUUGAUUACCCAGAAAAUGAAGAAAUAAAGACUCUCCUUCAGGAGCAGUUGAAUUCGUUGUCCAAUGACAUAAAGAAACUCCUGCUUGAUCCAGAAUUCACUCUCCUGCAGAGGUGCCUGCUUGUGUCAAGGCUUUAUGGGGAUGAAUCGGAGCUGCACUUCUGGACGGUGGCGGCCCAUUACCUGCACAGCCUGUCCCAGGACAAGCCCACCGGCACAGCAGCCACGAAGGACAAGUUGAACAACCCUCUCGAUAUAUGUUACGACAUACUCUGUGAAAAUGCCUAUUUUCAGAAAUUUCAGCUGGAAAGGGUUAAUCUGCAGGAAGUGAAGAGGUCAACUUAUGACCACACAAGGAAAUGCACAGACCAGCUGCUGCUCUUGGGUCAAACAGACAGAGCUGUGCAGCUGCUGUUGGAAACAAGUGCCGAUAACCAGCACUAUUACUGUGACUCCCUGAAGGCCUGCCUGGUUACCACUGUCACCUCGUCGGGCCCCUCUCAGAGCACCAUUAAGCUGGUGGCGACUAACAUGAUUGCCAAUGGCAAGCUGGCAGAGGGCGUUCAGUUGCUCUGCCUGAUAGACAAGGCCGCCGACGCCUGCCGCUACCUGCAGACGUACGGCGAGUGGAAUCGCGCAGCCUGGCUCGCAAAGGUCCGCCUAAGUUCUGAAGAGUGUGCCGAUGUUCUGAAACGGUGGGUCGACCACCUGUGUUCUCCGCAAGUCAAUCAGAAGUCCAAGGCCCUGCUGGUCCUGCUCUCCCUGGGCUGUUUUUCCAGUGUGGCAGAGACACUUCACAGCAUGAGGUACUUCGACAGAGCGGCCCUGUUUGUGGAAGCGUGCCUGGAGUAUGGCGCCUUCGCAGGCGGCGAGCACACGGAGAGGCUCAUUUCUGCCAUCUACACAGACUACGCCCGAAGUUUGAAGAACCUCGGCUUUAAACAGGGAGCCGCUCUUUUUGCUUCUAAAGCUGGAGCAGCUGGCAAAGAGCUGUUGGCGGAGCUGGAAUCCCCCAAGCAGGAGCCCAGAGAAGAGUGACAGGCUGACUUGGGAGGCAGGGCGGGAGCGCGAGCUAAUCCGCCGUGGUCACGGUCAUGCUCACAGUUACAGUCCAGACAAUGAGGAAGGCAGGGUCCCAUGAGCUGGCCAAGGCCUCCUGAGGCUGGCCGUGCACUUAGACUAGGAGCAAGUUCCUUGUCCUGUGUAGAUUUCCAAAAAAUGAACGCUUCCGAUUUUACAAGUGGGUCGUCUUUAUACUUUUGGGAAGAGAGCUUUAAGAAUCCCUGGAAAGACUUAAUUUUUUAAAACUUAAGAUUGAAGAGACUGAAGUGCUUUUCUCGUUGACUAAAGAUGCCGAAGAACAGGUUUACGGUGCUGCUGCUCGAAUCUGUGCUGGCCUGUUUGUGUCCAGCCAGGACACAGGCAGGACAGAGCUGCUCACGACAGCGACCACAGCUUGCUGUGUUCUCACCUUGAAAAUGCAUUUGAUUCCUUGGUUCAGGCAGUUACCAAAAUUUUGUAAUUUCAGGCCCAUAGGUCAUAGGGAGGUUGGAAGUUCCACGUUUGGCUCCGGUAUGUGGCGUCUUUGGUAUUUUGAAUUUUAACUCCUCCUAUGAUGCAUUACGUAACCUCAUUUUUGAAGUCUCUCUCUUUGUACUUUAAUUUUCUGUCUUUGUGUUUUUUAGUAGCUGAAAUAUAUGAGAUGUAGCUAUUAUAAAUUAUUGCUGGGAAUUUGAAUGUCUGUAACUUAGAAAAACGAUAAAUAAAAAGAACAUUCCA